CUUCUCUCGAUCCGUCCCCUCCCACUGCGACCUCUCUCUUCCCCUCGUCUCCCGCUCCACCGCCGCCGCCCCAUCUCCUGCUCCACCGCCGCCGCCCCAUCUCCUGCUCCGUCGUCGAGAGGAGUUGCCCUUCGCCGCCGCCGAGAUCCCGUGCCUCUCUACAGAUCCCUCCCGCUCUCCUCUUCGUCCAUCCACCUAAUCAAAAAUUGAAACCCGCCGCCCCUCUGUCUCUGCUGGUGCUCGAAGGAAGACGAGGGCUCCUCCUCCCGGCGAUUCCCUGUGGUCCUCGGCGGCGGAGACAGCUAGGUCAAUCCUCUUUCUCUGGCUCUCCCAAUUUGCCCGGGCCGGCGAGCUAGGGUUAGGGUUACCAGCUCGACGCCGCCGCCCCGUGAUGUCCCAGGUGCUGCUAUUACCCGCUGUCGACCCCGUGUGCUCGUGGUCGGCCCGUAUCGAUGUUGUUGUUCGUGGCUGACCCCCCUUGUGUUCGUGCUGCUUCUGCUUACUGUGCUCACAUGCGGAGGUCGUGCGUCCGCCUUGAUUUAUACAUCGCCUUUAUUGCGGACCUCCAGGUCGUCGUCAGGCCACGUCGAUGCCACUUGCAUCAAACCCGAGGGCAGGGCUCUUCGAACCCCGUGGAAGGGCGGCCUGGGAUGAGCGAACCACACAAAGGGCAGAACAUCCGGAAGCCGGUAAAGGAUGGUUUAACCAUCAGGAAGCCUCAGAAGAUCCACUACAGGUUUCAUGCAAGGAGGGCACAUGAGGCCAAGCAGAAGGGCCAUCACUCUGGAUAUGGUAAGCAUAUGGGUACUAGGGAGGCUAGGCUCCCCACCAAGAUCAUGUCGAUGAAGAGAAUGCGCAUCCUGAGGCCUCUUCCGCGCAAGUACCGUGAGGCCAAGAAGAUUGACACGCACAUGUACCAUGACAUGUACCUAAAAGUCAAUGUAACAUGUUCAAUCACAGGAGGUGUCUGCAUGUAAAGUAUCUACAAGUCCAAGGCUGAGAAGACAAGAGAGAAGACCCUCUCUAACCAGUUUGAGGCCAUGUGCGCUAAUACCAAGGUAAUAGGGAGAGGAAGAUUGCGAGGAAGGAGGAGAGAUUGGCUCAUGUUAAGUCCAAGGCUGAGAAGACAAGAGAGAAGACCCUCUCUAACCAGUUUGAGGCCAUGAUGUUUUCACUCGAGCCCUCUCAUUUCCUCGCAUAGUUAGAUUUGUGUUGCAUUAUAUUGGUACUGAAAUACAUAAUGUGUGCACAUGUCUCUUGUUGGAUGUUUCAGAGAUGCUUAUGCAGUGUUUCUUUAAACAUUUGGGUUCACAGAACCAGCUAAUGAAAUUUACGUGCUCUGAUGAUGAA